UGAGACCCCGCUGGGGAGGGCCUGCCCACCGCCCAGAGAGCCCCUUUCAUGGUCUGACCUACCAGAAACAUGGCAACCAGUGCUGUCCCCAGCGACAACCUCCCCACAUACAAGCUGGUGGUGGUGGGAGAUGGGGGCGUGGGCAAGAGUGCCCUCACCAUCCAGUUUUUCCAGAAGAUCUUUGUGCCUGACUACGACCCCACCAUCGAAGACUCCUACCUGAAACACACAGAGAUUGACAAUCAAUGGGCCAUCUUGGACGUUCUGGACACAGCGGGGCAGGAGGAGUUCAGCGCCAUGCGGGAGCAGUACAUGCGCACAGGGGACGGCUUCCUCAUCGUCUACUCAGUCACCGACAAGGCCAGCUUCGAGCACGUGGACCGCUUCCACCAGCUCAUCCUGCGCGUGAAGGACAGGGAGUCGUUCCCCAUGAUCCUCGUGGCCAACAAGGUCGACUUGAUGCACUUGAGGAAAAUCACCAGGGAGCAAGGAAAAGAAAUGGCGACCAAACACAAUAUUCCGUACAUAGAAACCAGUGCCAAGGACCCGCCUCUCAACGUCGACAAAGCCUUCCAUGACCUCGUCAGAGUCAUUAGGCAACAGAUUCCGGAAAAAAGCCAGAAGAAGAAGAAGAAAACCAAAUGGCGGGGAGACCGGGCCACUGGCACCCACAAACUGCAGUGCGUGAUAUUGUGACGGGCCUGAGGCCCUGGCACAGUGACCGUGAACUGGCCAGCCCUCGACACCCCUCCACUGCCUAACCGCACUGAAAACCAUUUCUAACCACGACCCUUGGCCCAAGGACUUGGCAUAGGAAGGGAGGAAGGGAGGAAGGAGGGUGGGCAGGGAGGAGCUAGGGUCUGGCUUCGCCGAAAGGGCACAGGCUUCCCAUCUCACAAGGGAUAAGGAAGCGACACUACACAGAAGCAGCACCCAAGCCCCUCAUGUUGAUUCCACCCGGUUCCUCCCUCUCUUGGUGGCUGUGUUGUUUCUUUGAACUACAUGGUGUUGGUUUGAUGUGGAAGUGUCAUUCACGUGCAGACUACAGAACAAGCCAUGAACAAGCUCCCCCCUGCCCCCGUCCACAGUGUCUGAGCUUGGGUGUCUUUUGUAGAUUUUUAAAUUAUUUUAGUGAUUAUUAUUUUAUUAAAGGGGUCUGUGCCCUCUGCCUGGUGAAGUUUCAAGUCUUCAGCAGACCUCUCUGACCACAUGUCUGGAAUAUUGUUGUUGUUGUUGUAACUGAGUUCUCUCGCAGUGCCAAAACUCAACACAACACGGAGGUGGGCUGACUGAGAGACUAGAAGUUAGUGGGAGCUGUAGCUGGAGGCAUCAGGAGAAACAGACCUACUCCUGGCCUGUAAACUGGAGAGAAGAGAGAUGUGUUUACUCAGAAGGUUUUACUAUGGUUGAGGAUGCAGAUAUUAGGAAACAGAAUUUUAUUUUGCUGAAGGGAGAGGCUGGCACAAACACAUCCGUUCUAAAAGGGUUUCAUUAUCCUGGAAAUGUAUAAACGAAAGUAGGCUGA